AUAUUUAUACAUUUGAUUUGAAUUGUUUUCGUAAAACGUUUGAGACGUUUCGGAAGUGGUUUCUCAUUGUAUAUAGAAAUUCUGAACGAAAAUUGUCGUUUCGAAAUACUUCAUAGUUAAGUGUGACGUGCGAUGUGAACAAUUCAAACUGUCGCUGUAAAAAUUGUGUGGUUCUCUAAAAUGUGAAUUGGUGAAGGUCAUCGUUCAGACGUCCCUGCCAAAGCGAAUUGCGUUUUUUUCCACGUCGUGGACACGGAGUGUCUAGUGCUUCAGUAUUACCGAGAACGUCGCGAACGCUGCGUUUCUAGAUUUACGUAACAAAUUACUUAGUCAGAUUAUUUCAUAAGGUUAAAUCAAUUUUCAUCUAAUCGCCGUUUAGAAAUCCAGCAUAAUGAUUUCAGCGAUAUGUUCGAGGACCGCUCUUAGAGCGCGAUCCAUGGAACGCUGCGUUUCCAGCGUUGUUGAACUUCCGAAGUUACAAGAUUUCGAGGUACAAAAUGAACCUGUACUGGGAUACCGAGCCGGAAGUCGCGAACGAGCCGAAUUAGUUACUGAAUUGCAACGUACUGCCGAUGUAACUGAGGAAGUGCCUAUCGUAAUUGGUGACGAGUAUAUAAAAGAUGGCGAACCGCGGUAUCAAGUCAUGCCACACGAUCAUGGACGCAAGCUGGCCAAAUAUUAUUACGCCAGUGACAAAAUGAUUCAAAAGGCAAUUCAGGUAUCCAGCGAUGCGCAAAAGCGGUGGGAUCGUACUCCGUUAGAGAAACGCCUGCGAAUCUGGCAAGUUGCAGCUGACAUGAUGGCUGGAGAGCAUCGUCAGCGUCUAAAUGCCGCCACCAUGCUGGGCCAGUCGAAAUCUGUUGUUCAAGCUGAAAUAGAUUCAGCUGCUGAACUUAUUGAUUUCUUUCGUUUCAACAUUUUCUUUUUAAAAGAAAAUGCUAAAUAUCAGCCUAUCUCUGAGAGCCCCUCAGUCACAAGAAAUUCACUCAGGUUCAGGGGUCUCGAUGGAUUUGUAGCUGCAAUCAGUCCUUUUAAUUUCACCGCUAUAGGAGGUAACCUAGCUUACACCCCUGCUCUCAUGGGUAAUGCAGUAAUUUGGAAACCGUCAGACACUGCACUCCUAUCUAACUGGCGCAUCUUUAACAUCAUGCGAGAGGCUGGUCUACCAGCUGGAGUUGUUAACUUUGUCCCUGCUGAUGGCCCUACAUUUGGCCGUAACAUUACCUCGUCACCUCAGCUUGCUGGUGUUAACUUUACAGGAUCUGUACCCACUUUUAAUUGGUUAUGGAAUGAGGUCGGUAAAAAUUUGCAUAACUAUAAAAACUAUCCCAGACUCAUUGGAGAGUGCGGAGGCAAAAACUACCACUUUAUUCAUCCAACUGCAGAUGUACAGUCAGUUGUAACUUCAACAAUACGAUCAGCAUUUGAAUAUUGUGGUCAGAAGUGCUCGGCUUGUUCAAGAAUGUAUCUGCCCAGGUCUCUAGCUGACCCCAUUAAGCAAGGACUUCUGGAAGAGCGUGCAAAAUUAAAAAUUGGCAACCCAACAGAUUUCAAAAUCUUUGCUGGUGCAGUUAUUGAUGACAAAGCUUUUGCAAGAAUUACGGGGUACAUUAAAAAUGCUAAAAACAAUCCUAAGAAUACAAUUCUAGGAGGUGGUGAAUUUGAUGAUCGCAAGGGCUACUUUGUUCAACCAACUAUCAUUGAAACUGUGGAUCCACUGGACAAACUUAUGGUAGAGGAAAUCUUCGGUCCUGUCUUAACUAUCUAUGUUUAUGAAGAUAAAGAUCUCUCCAAGGCUCUGGCACUUGUUGGCUCUUCCACUAAAUUUGCUUUAACUGGUGCAGUGUUUGCUUCAGACAAAAAGUUCUUACAAACUGCUCUGGAAGAGCUUAAGAUGACCGCUGGAAACUUCUACAUAAAUGACAAGUCAACAGGUUCUGUGGUCGGACAGCAACCAUUUGGUGGAGGUCGCAUGUCUGGCACUAAUGACAAAGCUGGCGGGCCCAACUAUGUCAUGCGCUGGACCACACCACAAUCUAUUAAGGAGACUUUUGUUCCCCUUCGUGACAUCGACUAUCCUUACAUGAGAGAUUAAAAAGAGAAGAGUUGGCAAUUUGACCUCAUAAAUAAAAAUCCUAAAUCAAAUUAUCAGUACAAUAAUUAUUAGUUAGUAUUAUGCUAUUGUAGAGUGGAAGUUAACCUUCUGACGUAGGAUUUAUGUUUAAUUACUAGAAAAAUAUCAUCAACUAAAUAAUAUUAUCAGUUUAAUAUUAAUAUGUUAUGAUAUUCUAGAAACAGUAUUUCAAACAAAUUGAAUGUUGUAUGUCAUUCAUAUCAUUACGAAAAUGUAUUAAAUUCCUGUUAUUGAAACAAGGUUGAGAUUGUAUAAUUAUAAGAAUCAAAUGUUUGAAAUUUAGAUAAUAAUUAUAGUAAUGUACCUCGUCUUUAUUGUUUGUUUCCCUGAUAGUUGCAGUUUUUGUUGUAUAUUUGCUUGAAAUAUAAUUUUAUUUAUGUUAUUAAAAUUAGUAAAGCUGGAACCUCGCGUACACUCGGCCCACUACUGGCUCUUAUCUAUACUCUAUACUAUUUGCUCUUGCUUAUCACUACAAUGUGUCUCCCAUUAUAUAAACUAUUUAUCUGAUAUCUGACGCACGCGUCUGCUUUCUUAUAUGAUCUGCUGCAUUUAUGCUUUUUUUAGUAAUCAAUAAAGUGUAUAACGUUUUAAAUAAUUUCUACAAAUUAAUGUUUACAUUGUACAUGUGUUUAAUUUUUGUUACUCUUCAAAACUAUUUAUUAUAUUGCAUAAAAAUUAUCAUUAAAGGACCUAGAGUUGUU